GGAAGCACUGUUAUUUGUUGACAGAUUAGGGCAGUCUAUUAGCCCGUAGUUUAUAUGAUGCGGCUGCUGCACUUCCUCAAGCCUCAGCUCAUCCAGCAUGUCGCUGCUCUGGGUAACUGUGUGAGCUCCGGGCGCUGUCGGCUAAACAGGGCGUCCUGCCAUCUGCUAACUGCAGAACCCCUUAAACCUGCUGUGAGACAGGGCUGCUCCAUCUCCCCCACCAUGGAUGACAUGCUGAGUAGGUCUGUGCCCCCUCUGCCACCUUAUGAGACCAAAGAGAAAAGCCCCCCACCCUCUGAUGUGCAGAGCCUUCAGUUUAUGUGCUAUUAUAAAGCCCUUGACAGAGGGGACAGGGCAACCUUCCUGGGCAAAUUGGCUACUGAGUUUGGGGUGGAUCAUGCCCAAGUGACCGAACUCAGCGGCAAGGUGGUGCAGGCCCAGCAGAAGAGGGACACCGGCACGGUCCUGCAGGUGGAAGACAGGCUGAGGUAUUACCUUACCCCACAGUACAAAGUGCUCUUCAGUCACAUCAGUAAACUAGAAGGCGGGAUGAAGUUUUUGGUGGACCUGCGAGCCGACAUAGUCGAGAGUCUUGCGUCUAAGUUGGCAGACGGUCCUCACAUUAGGGAAAUGAGCGGCGUCCUGAAAAGCAUGCUUUCCGAGUGGUUCUCCGUUGGUUUUCUCAACCUGGAACGAAUAACUUGGCAGUCCCCCUGUGAGCUUCUGCAGAAGAUUAGCGAGUAUGAGGCAGUGCAUCCUGUUAGGAACUGGACGGACAUGAAGCGCAGAGUGGGCCCCUACCGAAGAUGCUAUGCGUUCGCUCACAGCUCCAUGCCCGGGGAACCGCUGAUCAUGUUACACGUGGCACUGAUGCAGCAGAUUUCCGGAAGCAUUCAGGCGAUAGUAAAAGAAAUCCCUGCUUCUGAGGUUGAAGAUGGCAACAAGAUCAAAUCGGCCAUCUUCUAUUCAAUUAGUUUAACGCAGCAGGGCUUGCAGGGGGUCGAACUUGGAACUUACCUCAUCAAGCGGGUUGUGAAGGAGUUGCAGGCAGAGUUUCCGCAGAUCGAAGAAUUUUCCAGCCUGUCACCCAUCCCUGGCUUUACCAAGUGGUUGGUGGGGGUGCUCAACUCCCAGACUAAAGAUGGCGGCAAGACCGAGCUGUUUCUGGAGUCAGAGUGUAAAGAGAUUUCAGACAUUGCUGGCGGACCAGCUUCUGAGUCCCUUAAACGUCUCUUUAACAGCAACGAAUGGAUGAGAUCUGAAAGACUGGUCAAGGCCCUGGAGGCACCGCUAAUGAGACUCUGCUCCUGGUACUUGUAUGGGGAAAAGCACCGUGGUUUCGCCUUAAACCCUGUGGCAAACUUCCACCUGCAGAAUGGAGCCAUCAUGUGGCGUCUGAACUGGAUGGCAGACACGAGUCCCCGCGGGGCCACUGCUUCUUGCGGGAUGAUGGUCAAUUACCGUUACUUCUUGGAAAACACAAGCGCCAACAGCACUAAAUAUCUAAGAACAAAGCACAUUGAGGCCUCGGAACAAGUGCUGAAUCUGGUGUCGCAGUUCAAAAGGCACAGCAAGUUAUAAGAUGAGAUGUAUUAGCAAGGCGAACGCAAUAAAAACAAGGACUUCACAACAUAUGGUUUUGUCUGUAAAGUGUAUCGAUGGCUGUGUACAGGAUGAACUUAAGAUUUCUCAAGGUUUGUUCUCAAGUAGGGUCUCGUAACGUGGAGCUGUGAAGAAGACAUGACUCCUUCCACCUCAGGCGGUCUUGGAAAGCCCACAGAGGUCACUCGAGGAUCGACGUUAAGAACGGAACACUGCCUUAUCUUUCGGAAUGUCCGCACGCUGGCUCUAUGCGGAA